AUGGGUACGUUCAAAGUGAAGGUGCUGUACGAUUUCCAAGCCGAGCCGGGCACGGCCGAGAUGAACAUCAACGCCGGAGACACCCUCACAGUGACCCGAACGGACGUCGGAGAGGGCUGGUGGGAAGGCUUCAACUCUUCGAAGCAAUCCGGCCUCUUUCCGGAGGCCUACGUGGAGCGCAUCAGCGCCUCGAACCCGCCCAGCAUUCCGGCCCCCGUGCUGCCUCCGCAGAACAAUUGGGGCGACGACGACGAGGACGACGACUGGGACAACGACGACACCAUGUAUUCGGAGAUCGGCAGCAACAACGGCCAAUCUCAGCAGAACAUUUACAGCAACGAGCAGUCGUUGAGUCAAAAUCAACUGGCGAAUCAAUUCGACAAUAUGUCGUUGGGAGGUGUUAGUACUAUUAGUGACAACAAAGGCACCAUCACCAAGAAAAGCAUUAAUAUAUUUUCAUCUUACGUUAAAUCUGGAUUAGAAGGGUAUAUAUUAGGUACGAGCGCAAACCUGCCGGUGUCCAACAAAAAGUUCCGGAUCUAUCGAGACGGCGACGACAGCCUGGGCAAAUGGGAGGUCAUCUCGAACCCCUACACCGUACAAAUAGCCUCGCCGAAAAAGGCCACCAAAAUGGGCGGCUUGAAAUCCUUCAUAGCCUACCAAUUAACGCCGUCCUUUUCCAACGUGGAAGUCUCCAGGCGGUAUAAGCACUUCGAUUGGCUGCACGACAGAUUGACCAGCAAAUUCAACGUGAUAGCCAUACCGCCAUUACCCGAUAAACAAGUCUCCGGAAGGUACGAGGAGCAGUUCAUCGAGCACAGGCGCGCCCAGCUGCAGGAAUUCAUCAACUACAUGUGCCGCCAUCCGGUGCUCAGCACCUGCGACGUGUGGGUGCACUUUCUCAGCUGCACCGACGAGAAGCAAUGGAAGCUGGGCAAGCGGAACGCCGAGCGCGACCAAAUGGUCGGCGCCAAUUUCUGCAUGUCGAUCGACGCGCCCGACAAGGAGAUCCUCACGUCGCUGGCCGAGCCGCGGAUCGAGGACAGCGUCUACUACGUCCUCAAGCUCGACCAAUCGAUCAAGAACCUCAUGCACACGGCCCAGGACCAGCACAAGAAGUGCGUCAACAUGUACAAGAGGGAGUUCAUGCGGAUCGGCGAGAGCUUCUUCGCGUUGGGCUCGGCCUUCGAGUACAACCAGCAAGGGAUGUAUUCCAAAGCGUCCAUAGAUAUAAAAAACGUGGGUUCGACGUACAUGAUGAUAGGCAAGCUGUACGAGGAGCAGGCGAAGAUGGACUGGCAGCCGUUGUUCGACAAAUUGUACAUCUACAAGGGCAUCACGGGCAGCCUGCCGGACAUCCUGAACCUGCAGAAGUUGUCCGAGCAGAAGAAGAAGGAGUGCGAGCGCAAUUCGCAGGUGCCGCAAACGGCGUUGGCGGACGUGAGGCGGCGCGCCGACGUGCUGACGUACACGGUGUUCGCGGAACUGGACCAUUUCCAAAGCGAACGGGACACCGAUCUGCGGCAAUCGGUGAAGACGUUCCUGCAGGAGCAGCUGAAUUUUUACAGGAACGUCGUGGCGAAGUUGGAGGAUACGCUCGGCAAGUUCGAUUGA